UUACGAGGAAAUUGACUGGUUGAUUGGCUUAGGUUAAAGGAAUUUUCGUUUCCAUUCCUGCUAUGACACUACUUGAAAUCGAGAGUAAUUAAAGUAAGAAAUGUUUUGUGUAGCCACACGAACAUGGAAUGGUCUAACCAGAAUCGCUCGACAGAUAUCAGUCGAAGGUGAACAUUCUGUGACGGCUUCCAGGAUUGGGUUGCAAGGCGCUGUAAAUUUGGUUUGUUUAUAUCACAGAAUACAUCUCAGCGAAGAUGACUUGGAAGAAAAGUUCAUCAAGGGCUGGGGACCAGGAGGUCAGAAAGUCAACAAAAGUAGUAACUGUGUUCAACUUCUCCACAAGCCCACUGGUAUCACGAUAAAGUGCCAUGAGAGUCGCUUACUUGCAAGAAACAGAGUGAUUGCUAGAGAAAUUCUGAAAGAAAAACUUGACUUGCUUUAUAAUGAGAAGGACAGUGUUGUUGCAAAAAAUAUUGCAAAGAUAAGGAAAAGGAAAGCACAAUAUGCGAGGAAGAGAAGACAACAAGGAGAAGCCUAUGCCAAAGGUUCACAAAACAUAGAUCCUGGACCAUCAGAUUUGGACAAAGGAUGAAAAGUAGUAUAUUCAUCCAGAAACCAACGGCAAGGGCUUCACCGAGGAUUUACAGAAUAAAACUACCAAUAAUUACCCUUUUUAAUCUUGGUGGAAAAGCUUAAGUUUCACCUCGAGGAAUUGACUCUCUUCUACAGUACUUGUCUAGCAGGUCCUGCUAUAGUGUAAGAAAAAAUUAACAUCAGAACAGCUUCAUACUAAGGUGAACCUUGUAGGCCUGUAGGAAGGAAGUUGCCAAAGGUGCACAUGCAUCCCCUUAAGGGCUGCAAGAGUCUUUCUACAAGAUACUAGUGAUUCAAAAGAAAGUGAGCUAUUUUAAAAAAACUGAAUGCAAAGUAACUGUAGUAUUCACAUUCUGACUUGCUUACUGUGUAUUUUGAAAUGAAAACUAAUUAAAUGAACCAUUUUAAUUUUAAUUUUAAGACACAUGAAAUUCAGUCCUAGACAGCCCAAAAUUUUCAAGAUUAUGCAGUGUUUGCCUGAGACAAGUUCUAGUAAAUUGCAAAACGAUUGCAACCUGACUUCUCAGUCUGUUACAGGAUCAAGUGACCUGUCAGGGUACCCUUUUUGUUGUGCUGGUUCUUUAAAAGCACAUAUUUGAAAAGUUAGUCAAAAAUAUUGUUGGAGAUAAGGAGGGUGGGUUUUCCAUGUUGAAGUUUGUGGUUCAGUAUAACCAAUCAACGGAUCUGUCUUUAUUGCAUAACAUACAAUAUAAAAUGCAGUCAACUUAGCAUUAUUUUGAAAUACUGCAAUUUUCCAAAAACAAGGAAAAUCUGGAAAACAUAGAAAACCUGUUGGCCUCUGUUAAAGGAACAUGUUCAUACCUGGGACACAAGCCUAGUUCUUGUGAUUGAAAAAUUAUCUGUAUCUGUUAUCACAAUAAAAGACACUCUUCUAUAGGCAAAUGGUAUGUUUUAUUUUGACAAUUCUGGUUGGCAUGGCAAAGAGUGAAAAAUGUGCUAUUGAAAAUGUGCAGCGACACUACAAUUAAACUUGCUGCAACUUAUUGCAUUUGUACAGCAAUAACAAUGUAUAAUCAAAGGUUCUACUGUACAUUACACGAUCUCCACAUCAUUUUUCCUCAUACAUCCAAAAAAACCUCCUAUGAGUGUGACCAAGACAGAAUUUCUCCUUACAGUAUCAAUACAAUGUUAUCAAUACAAUAUCAAGUAGACAAGUGAUGAGAAUAAUGGUUAUAUCUAUUGGGGAUAACUAGUUGGUGAGAUACAAAAUCAACAAAACCGUCAUUGUAGGAAUGGUAUGCCAGA